AUGGGUUGCUGCGGUUCUUCAGGUCCACAUAAGACAAUAGCUGCUUCUCCUUUGACGACUUCACCACACAAGAAAACUAUGAAAGUAAGUGCAGGGACUUUUAUAAAAACCCAGUUAUCUCCGUUCUCUGAAGCAUAUAUGCUGGGAAAUCGCAUAGGAUUAGGAGGUUUCGGUGAGGUAAGAAGAUGCACUCAUCGAAUAACUGGAGCUCUUCGGGCAGUAAAAAUUUACUCAAAAGAGCUUUUUGGCCAAAAUUCCACUCAGCAAGGCAAAAUGAUAGAGGAAAUGGAAAUCCUUCGAACAUUAGACCAUCCAAAUAUAAUUAGGGUAUACGAUUUCUUUGAAGACUCUAAAAAUUACUACUUAGUUAUGGAAUACUGUGAAGGGGGCGAGCUAUUCAAUAAAAUUGAGAAAAUGGCAAAAUUUAGCGAAGAUGAUGCUGCUUUGAUCAUGAGGCAGUUAUUGUCAGUUGUCGCAUUUUGUCACUCAUUGAAAAUUGUUCAUAGAGAUUUGAAACCUGAAAAUAUGAUGGUCGAAGAAAGAAAUCGGAAAUUAAAUAUCAAAAUAGCAGAUUUUGGGACAGCCUGCUACUUAGAUUUGAAUAAUGAAACGACUGGUGUGGUAGGAACUACUUAUUACAUGGCACCUGAAGUUUUUAAUGGAUCCUAUAAUGAAGGAUGCGAUGUGUGAAGCUGCGGAGUUAUUAUGUACAUUUUACUGACAGGAAGUCCUCCUUUUGGAGGGAAAACUGAUGACGAAAUUAUGGCAAAGGUAAAAGAAGGGGUUUAUACCACAGAAUCAUCAGCAUUUCGACUAAUAUCACCAGAAGCAAUCGAUUUAAUAAAAAAACUCAUAGCACCGUUAAGCGAAAGGAUUUCUGCUUCCCAAUCUUUAAGUCAUCCUUGGCUUAAUAGAAGCAGACCAAAGGUAGAAAGGCCAGUACUGGAAGCCGUAAUUAAAAACUUGCGAGAGUUCAGAAGCACUUUAAAGCUUAGAGAUGCUUUGUUGACUUUUAUAACAUCUCAGCUCAUCAAUCACAGGGAGCUAAAAGACCUUAGAGAUGCCUUUGUAAUUUUGGACAAGGACGGAGAUGGAAAAAUUGGGAAAGAAGAUUUAUUUGAACAAUUAAGUGGCUUCAUACCAGGGGAUGGAGCAUAUACUCAUGCCGAAGAGAUCUUGCUUAAUGUUGACAGUAAUAAUGAUGGCUUUAUUGAAUUUACUGAGUAUUUAAGAGCAACAAUAGACAAAAAGAUUCUGUUGUCAAAUGCAAAUCUUUUGGCUGCUUUUGCAAUUUUGGACAAAAAUAAUACAGGGAAGAUAUCUGUGGCUGAUUUUAUGAACGUUCUUGCGGAUCGAGAAGAAUAUGACUUGAAUUUGUGGACUGAACUUGUGAGGGAAGCGAAUCCUGAUGGGAAAGGAUUUUUUGAUAUGGAAGAGUUCACAAAGCUUUUGAUGGAUAAAAUUUAA